AUGGCACCUAAGAGAGUGUUCUACGAAGAUGAUGAGGAUAUUUUCCCCAAGCCAGGAUCUACGGAGGAGAUCUCGAAGGAGUUGAAGAAACAGGAGUCUCCGGACAUGCACAACGCGAGCUUCCUUGAUGGAAUGAUGAUCAGAAGCUCGCCUGUACUGGAGAAAUACACCACAAAGGCAAGAUUGUACUUCCAUGAUCUACUCACCAAGACAGAGGCCGAAGUGGGGACGCUGACUUCGGCUACGCAGAACGAGCUCAACACGGUCAAGCAGACGUACCGCAGCAUCGUCGAGGAGCCAGUCCUGCCCAAUUCGAUAUACGUUCUUACCGGUCUUCUCUCGGGUUCAAUUCUUGUGAACAGAAGGGCGCUUCCAAUUAGAUUCAUCACGCCGAUAGUGACGGGUUUGGUGUCAUUCAGAUAUGCCAUGCCCAAGACAUUUGAUAACUCCAAGAAGAUCUUGCUUGAUUAUGAGAAGGAGAAGGUCCCCGAGAUAUAUGAGCAACAGGCCGAGACUUUGAAAUACAUUGAUGGGCUAAAGAAGGAAUCGACAUCGUUAUUGAAGGAAGCAGAGGUUGGUCCUGUGAGCUAUGUGCGCCGGGCCAGGCUGUAUCUUGUGGAAAUUCUUGGAAUUGAGAAAUAG